AUGGACCUCGACCAUUCCCACGUCAAUGGGACAACCACGCCGUCUACACCCAAGCCGUCUGGACUGGCAUUGACCGAAUACACCGCCAACCCUACACCACCUUCUGAACGAGCAGAUAUCCCUUCCUACGACGUGCCUCAAGAUUUCCUUCUCCCCACGGGCUACCCAGAUUACCUCCGACUUAUCCUGACGUCCCGAGUCUAUGAUGUCGUCUCCGAAAGUCCCCUGUCUCAUGCCAUCAACCUCUCCAACCGCCUUGAGUGCAAAGUCCUUCUCAAGCGAGAGGACCUACUCCCUGUCUUUUCCUUCAAGCUGCGUGGCGCGUACAACAAAAUGGCACAUCUCCCACCCGAGGUACGGUGGAAGGGAGUGAUUGCUUGUUCCGCCGGAAAUCACGCUCAGGGCGUGGCGUAUUCGGCCAGACAUCUCAAGAUCCCCGCUACAAUCGUGAUGCCCGAAGGGACCCCCGCGAUCAAGCACCUGAAUGUUAGUCGCAUGGGUGGGAGCGUGGUUCUGCACGGGCAAGACUUCGAUUCGGCCAAGGAACACUGCCACAUGCUGGAGAAACAAUACGGAUUGACCAAUAUCCCGCCCUUCGAUGACCCCUAUGUCAUUGCCGGACAGGGCACUAUUGGCAUGGAGUUGCUGCGGCAGGCCUCUUUGCAGAACUUGCAGGCUAUAUUUUGCUGUGUUGGAGGUGGUGGCUUGAUCGCUGGGAUCGGUAUCUAUGUUAAGAGAAUAGCACCGCAUGUCAAAAUCAUCGGCGUCGAGGCUUCGGAAGCAAAUGCCUUGGUAGAGUCGCUGAAGGCUGGCAAGAGAGUGCUACUACGGGACGUUGGAUUGUUCGCCGAUGGCGCAGCGGUCAAGACCGUAGGCGAGGAGACGUUCCGAAUAUGUCAAGAAGUCGUGGACGAGGUAAUCGAAGUCAGCACAGACGAGAUCUGUGCUGCCAUCAAGGAUGUCUUCGAGGACACUCGAUCCGUGCUGGAGCCUGCCGGGGCGCUGUCACUGGCGGGCCUGAAGAAAUGGGUCGCAAAGAAUCCCUCGGCAGACGCCAAUCGAGAACUGGUCGCCGUGGCCAGCGGCGCCAACAUGAAUUUUGACCGCCUACGAUUUGUGGCGGAGCGCGCCGCCCUUGGUGAGCAGAAAGAAGCUCUCCUGACCGUGACGAUACCGGAGCGACCGGGCUCUUUUGCCCAGUUGAUCGAAGCGGUGCUGCCACAAGCCGUCACGGAGUUCGGUUACAGGUAUUCGGGUCCUUCUCGGGCACAUGUACUGAUGGGCAUCUCUGUCUCAUCGGCGACGGCGCGGGCCACGGAACUCGAGUCGCUCUUCUCCCGACUUUCGGCUGAAGGCAUGACCGCGACGGAUGUCUCGGACGAUGAGCUUUCCAAAACUCACAUCCGACACCUCGUUGGCGGACGGUCAGGUCUGAAAGACGAGCGACUGUAUAUGUUCGAAUUCCCCGAGCGCCCAGGGGCGUUGUUCAAGUUCCUCCGCACUCUUCGCCCCGGCCAGAACAUCACACUGUUCCACUAUCGCAACUAUGGCGGCGAUGUGGGCAAGAUUCUUGCUGGUAUACAGUGUCCCGAUGCGGAGAGAGAUCAGCUGGAGGACUUCCUGAAGGACAUCGGCUAUCCGUUCAAGGAGUGUACUGACAGUCCCAUCUACAAGAUGUUCUUGCAAGAGUAA